UGUUGAUGCAAGGGAUGAUGAAGAGAAGCAUUGGGUUGUGUAAGAGGCUUUGUGUCAGUAAGGUUUCUUCUUCGUGUUUCAGUACUUCAGCUGCAACUACUGAUAAUGAUAUUGCUGGUAGGCGUCAGCUUCCACCAUUUGAUUACAAGCCUAAGCCAUACGAAGGACCUUUGGCUGAUGAAGUUUUUGCCAAACGGAAGAAGUUCUUGGGUCCUUCGUUGUUCCACUAUUAUCAAAAACCUCUCAACAUUGUGGAGGGCAAGAUGCAAUAUCUAUUUGAUGAGAAUGGAAGGCGUUAUCUUGAUGCUUUUGCUGGUAUAGUUACUAUUUCUUGUGGACAUUGCCACCCUGAAGUUUUGAAUGCUACAAUGGAGCAAAGUAAACUCCUACAGCAUACAACAACCAUAUAUCUUCAUCAUGCAAUAACUGAUUUUGCAGAGGCCUUGGCAUCCAAAAUGCCUGGAAACCUUAAGGUUGUUUAUUUUGUGAAUUCUGGUUCAGAGGCAAAUGACUUAGCGAUGCUGAUGGCACGUUUAUACACUGGUAAUAUUGGUAUGAUUUCUUUGAGGAAUGGAUAUCAUGGGGGGAGUUCUAGUACAAUUGGGCUCACUGCUCUGAACACUUGGAAAUACCCAAUACCUGAGGGCGAAAUUCAUCAUGUCAUGAAUCCAGAUCCAUACCGAGGAAUCUUUGGUUCAGAUGCUAAAAGUUACACCAAAGACUUGCAAGACCAUAUUGACUAUGGAACUUCAGGAAAAGUUGCUGGAUUUAUAGCUGAAACAAUUCAGGGAGCUGGAGGAGCAGUUGAACUAGCACCCGGGUACCUAAAACUGGUCUAUGACAUUAUACAUAAUGCUGGUGGUGUUUGCAUUGCUGAUGAAGUUCAAUGUGGAUUUGGGCGCACAGGAAAUUAUUGGGGAUUUGAGACUCAAGGUGUCAUUCCUGACAUAGUUACCAUGGCUAAGGGUAUUGGCAAUGGUUUGCCACUAGCAGCUGUAGUUACAACUUCAGAAAUAGCAAGUGUGAUGGCCCAAAAGUAUCAAUUCAAUACUUUUGGUGGGAACCCUGUGUGUUGUGCUGGGGGAAUUGCAGUGCUCAGGGUUCUUGACAAGGAGAAGCGUCAAUCUCAUUGUGCUGAUGUUGGUUCUCACUUGAUUAAGCGUUUAAGAUCACUAAUGCAAGUACAUGACAUCAUUGGAGAUAUUAGAGGAAGAGGCUUAAUGGUGGGGAUAGAGUUUGUCACUGAUAGAAAAGAGAAGACACCUGCAAAGGCUGAAACCACGGUUUUGCAUGAAAGAUUUAGAGAGCUUGGUAUUCUAGUUGGGAAAGGAGGGCUGCAUGGAAAUGUUUUUAGGAUUAAGCCACCAAUGUGUUUCACCAAAGAAGAUGCAGAUUUUGUUGUGGAUGCCUUGGACUAUGCUUUAUCCAAGUUGUGAGAUUCUGCAUAGAAUCAAGAUGAUGAAUCUUGCUAGUUACUCGAGGAUCAUUGGACUACUUUGCUAUAAGGA